CCCGGCGGCCCGGCGCCCUCUCCCGAGCGCCCUGCGGGCCCGGCCUCUCCUCGCGCCCGCGCAGUCCCCGCCGCAGUCGGCUGCAGCCGCAGGACCGAGCGUGGACCCGGAGGAGAGCCCGGAGGAGAGCCCGGAGGAGGCGGCAAACUUGGCGGUGCCGCACCCUAGCCCCGGCCCUCGGCCGCCUGCCGCACCCGGCAGGCACUGGCUGCUCACGCCAAACGGUCCGCCCUCAUCCCCAGAAAGCAGUCCUCCCAAGUGCUCCCGCGCCCAGAGCUGGUCUCCGCGUCCUCUGAUCUGGCCCCAUCGAGAGAGACCCUGGACAUCUGGCUCCUGUCACUCCUUCCCCAAGUCUGACUGUCGACCUACCCCAUGGCGGGGUCUUCAAGCUCUCCUAAGUGUAGCCCGGCCCUUAAGGGUGACGUUGGACACUAGCCCUGCAGCCUUCACUCCUGGAGGCUCAUUGGGCUGGUACCUGACUUGGCCUGGCUGGGGACUCGGGGUCAGCCCCGUCCCUCUCUGCCUCUCUGGGUUCCAUUUCUCAAUGUCACCCCCCCUCCCCCUCCCUCCAUUAUGAGAGUUCCCUCCAGCAGCCUGAGCAUGGCCCCACUGUUCCUGCCCCUGCUGAUAGCCCUGGCCCUGGCCCCGGGCCCCACGGCCUCAGCUGAUGCCCUGGAAGGGGACAGCUCAGAGGACCGGGCCUUCCGCGUGCGCAUCUCGGGCGACGCGCCGCUGCAGGGCGUGCUGGGCGGCGCCCUCACCAUCCCGUGCCACGUUCACUACCUGCGGCCGCCGCCGGGCCGCCGGGCCGUGCUGGGCUCCCCGCGGGUCAAGUGGACCUUCCUGUCCGGGGGCCGGGAGGCCGAGGUGCUGGUGGCGCGGGGGCUGCGCGUCAAGGUGAGCGAGGCCUACCGGUUCCGCGUGGCGCUGCCCGCCUACCCGGCGUCACUCACCGACGUCUCCCUGGCGCUGGGCGAGCUGCGGCCCAACGACUCUGGCAUCUACCGCUGCGAGGUCCAGCACGGCAUAGACGACAGCAGCGACGCCGUGGAGGUCAAGGUCAAAGGGGUCGUCUUUCUCUACCGGGAGGGCUCUGCCCGCUACGCUUUCUCCUUCGCCCGGGCCCAGGAGGCCUGUGCCCGCAUCGGAGCCCGCAUCGCCACCCCAGAGCAGCUCUACGCCGCCUACCUCGGGGGCUAUGAGCAGUGCGAUGCUGGCUGGCUGUCCGACCAGACCGUGAGGUAUCCCAUCCAGACCCCACGGGAGGCCUGUUAUGGAGACAUGGAUGGCUUCCCUGGGGUCCGGAACUAUGGCGUGGUGGACCCGGAUGACCUCUAUGAUGUCUACUGCUACGCUGAAGACCUAAAUGGAGAGCUGUUCCUGGGCGCCCCUCCAGACAAGCUGACGCUGGAGGAGGCACGGGCAUACUGCCGCGAGCGGGGUGCAGAGAUCGCUACCACGGGCCAGCUGUAUGCAGCCUGGGAUGGCGGCCUGGACCGCUGCAGCCCCGGCUGGCUGGCCGAUGGCAGCGUGCGCUACCCCAUCGUCACGCCCAGCCAGCGCUGCGGUGGGGGCCUGCCUGGCGUCAAGACUCUCUUCCUCUUCCCCAACCAGACCGGCUUCCCCAACAAGUACAGCCGCUUCAACGUCUACUGCUUCCGAGACUCUGGCCAGCCCUCCACCACGCCUGAGGCCUCUGACCCAGCCUCUGACGGGCUGGAGGCCAUUGUCACAGUGACAGAGACCCUAGAGGAGCUCCAGCUGCCGCGGGAAGCUGUGGAGAGCGAGUCCCGGGGAGCCAUCUACUCCGUCCCCAUUGUGGAGGAUGGGGGAGGUGCAAGGUCCCCUCCAGAAGACCCGGCGGAGGCCCCUAGGACCCUCCUCGAAUUCGAAAGCCAAUCCAUCGUCCCUCCCCUGGGGUCCUCAGAAGAGGAAGGCAAGGCUUUGGAGGAAGAAGAUGAAGAGGAGGAAGAGGAGGAGGCAGAGGAGGAGGCCCUGUGGGCCUGGCCCAGCGAGCUCAGCAGCCCAGACCCAGAGGCCUCUCUCCCCACUGAGCCAACCCCAGAGGAGUCACUCUUGCAUGCCUCCCCACCACCAGCGAGGCCAGUCCUACAGCCUGGUGCCUCACCACCUCCCGAUGGAGAGCCAGAGGCUCCCAGGCCUCCAAGGGUCCUUGGGCCACCCACUGCGACUCUGCCCACUCCCACGAAUGGGAAAGUGGCCUACCCACCACCUCCCACUCCGGUUGGGGAGAGAGAGGUGGGGGAGGAGGCCGGGGGUCCUGAGCUGUCUGGGGUCCCUCGAGGAGAGAGUGAGGAGACAGGGAGCUCUGAGGAUACCCCUGCCCUGUUUCCAGCCACACGGGCCCCUGAGGGUGCCAGGGAACUGGAGGCCCCCUCUGAAGAGAAUACUGGAAGAACUGUCCCAGCAGGGACCUCAGUGCGGGUUCAGCCAGUGCUGCCCACUGACAGCGCCAGCCAAGGUGGAGUGGCCGUGGCCCCCUCAUCAGGUGACUGUGUCCCCAGCCCCUGCCACAAUGGUGGGACAUGCUUGGAGGAGGAGGAGGGGGUCCGCUGCCUGUGUUUGCCUGGCUAUGGGGGGGACCUGUGUGAUGUCGGCCUACGCUUCUGCAGUCCGGGCUGGGACGCCUUCCAGGGCGCCUGCUACAAGCACUUUUCUACCCGGAGGAGCUGGGAGGAGGCCGAGACCCAGUGCCGGAUGUACGGCGCGCACCUAGCCAGCAUCAGCACGCCCGAGGAGCAGAACUUCAUCAAUAGUCGAUACCGCGAGUACCAGUGGAUCGGGCUCAACGACCGGACCAUCGAAGGCGACUUCCUGUGGUCAGAUGGCGUCCCUCUGCUCUAUGAGAACUGGAACCCUGGGCAGCCUGACAGCUACUUCCUGUCCGGGGAGAACUGCGUGGUCAUGGUGUGGCACGAUCAGGGACAAUGGAGUGAUGUGCCCUGCAACUACCACCUGUCCUACACCUGCAAGAUGGGUCUGGUGUCCUGUGGGCCUCCGCCAGAGCUGCCCCUGGCUCAAGUGUUUGGCCGCCCACGACGGCGCUAUGAAGUCGACACCGUGCUUCGUUACCGGUGCCGCGAGGGGCUGACCCAGCGCAACCAGCCACUGAUCCGCUGCCAGGAGGAUGGCCGCUGGGAGCCCCCCCAGAUCUCCUGUGUGCCCCGCAGGCCCGCUCGAGCUCUGCACCUGGCGAAGGCCCCAGGACAUCAGGGGAGGCUACUGGGACGCUGGAAGGACCUUUUGGCCCCUCCUUCCAGUCCCUCUCCAGGCCCCUAGGGAGCAAGGCCUUACCCGGCACUGCCCUCUCCCCAUCACCGGUUGACCACUUGGGAGGGUGCAGCUGCCCUCCAGGCGGCAGUGCCUCAAGGGGUUUGUGGGAAGCACCUGGGCGGCUCCAGCCUAGACUAGACCCUCUCCCCCCUGCCUUGGCUCAGGUUCUCCCCUCAGGGCCUCGGGGAAGGCCCCUAAGUGCCUCAGCUGCCCCUCUCCUUGCCAUCCCCUGGGGGGGGGGGGCACGUUGCCCACCGUCGGGCUUCCCAGGGGACUGGGCUUGCAGGAUGGGGUACCUGCCAAACCAGCAGGAAAUAAAGCUGCAUUUCAGCACAA